ACCAAAGGGACAAGCCUUUACUGCUGUCGAGGGUGACAUUAACAGGAAAGCUCCUUCUUCACAGUGCCGUUCAUCAUCAGAAUCGACGAUAUUUCUGAAGAUUUAAGGCGACAGUCCAACAACUACGCCCAGCGCUGACGGUAGAUUGUUGGUUGAGCUCUAAGCUUGUUGGAAUUUAAAUACUGACAGUUCAGUUGUCCGUUCGAUCGAGGCAGCGGCCAGUGUAGGCUACUAGAACAAAUAGAAAAGGGCAAACUUGCCACAAAAGCGACGGGAAUGCAGUUCCGUAUGCUGGUGUAAUCGAUUAGUUACAUUAGAGGAUUCAGUGAUCUCCUGAAAUAUUUGGACUGCUGGUCGUACCUAGAAGCUGCGACAAACAGCCAUUGGACCUGGGUGAUCUGGUGAGAGCACACACAGGGGGGAGGAAGCAAGGCAAGCAGGCAGACAGACAGAGUGACGGAGAGUCUGAAAGAGCAACCUGCUACAUGCAACUGCCUGCAAGAGUAUUCAAGCCACUCGAAGCCUAGACCAGAAUAACAACACCCAGCAGCUCAUUCAGAGAGGAGAGAACACAGCAGACUACACCAGGGAACGGAGAGCUUUGGAGGCUUUUUGGGAGGGCCUCGCUCACUGGAAUGCCUGAGACGCAAUGCAGCCACUGAGGUGCCCCCCACGCCCAGGUGCCCAGGAGGGGCGUGCCAGAGCCAGUACCAGGCCAUCGCCGGCCCAGACCCGGAGAACCCGUAGAAGAGAAGAGACCACCACCACCACCCUCCCUCUCGCCGCCAGUAGCACCUGUGUCACCUGUACCACCAGUUCACUACCAGCACUGCCUCUGCGGCUUCAGGCUCUAGCCCCCCAUUGACGCUUCGCCCUCGGACGGCCUGUCCGGGGAAUGCUGUUUGUUGGUGUUCGGAGGGCAGGGCAGUGUUGGGCAUGGGUGCGCUCCUCAGGGUGUAGCCUGGGGCCACGGGCACUGCACAGCUGCUACUGGGACAUACACACGCACGACAGCCUGGAGGGCAUCGUCACACCACCACAACACACAGGUGCCAUAGAGCCAGGCACCGUGGAGAGACUGCUUGGCUAACUGCAGUGGAGCAUUUGUACAGGCUUCCACCUCCUCUGAGCAGAGACUCUGGGCUCAAGCUCUUUUGCACUUUCCACAAACUCUCAUCACAAUAAUAACUCUCGAGACGUGUACAUAAGCUGAGAGAGAGAAGCCAUGCGUCACAUCCACGUCGAGCUGGCUCGCAAGGAGCCCACGGUCCAGCUCCCGGCAAAGGAGGGGGACCUACCACCGCCGACCAGCACCCCGGCCGACGGUCACGAUCUCGGGGUGGCGCGACCCGGCGGGGUGCCCAGACCUUUCGGAGAUCAGGAGAUCCGCAUGCAGAAGGUGUACCAGCUGUCCAUCUUCUCCCAGAGAGGAGGCUACCUAGGGGAGGUGCCUGGAGAGUCCCAGCAGCGAGGCACCCGCGUGGGCCUGAAGAGGGGCCUGGAGGACCCGGUGACUCCCAUAGCUCAGAAGAGGUUACACGAGGCCGGUCAGGAGGAGGCGAGGGAGGAGGUGGCCGGUAAGGAGGAGGAGGAGCAGCAGGAGGAGGAUGGGGAAGACAUGCAGGGGGAGGUGCUGUGCGGCUCCACGUCUGUGGACUCCUACUAUGUCCGUUCGCCAGGGGCGGCGUCUCCCACCGCUGCCACCCUCACCACCGCAGCGAAAACAUCCCCACCCCGAUCACCGCCCUCGCAAUCACUCUCCCCCACCCACACCUACGCCCCACCUUACCCCUCCCGCCGGCCGGCCCAACACAACCACGACCGGCCGGUGCCUGACCCCUGGGCCCCUCUAUCGCCCAAGUCUCCCCCCAUGGUGGACCCCCAUGGCUCCCCCCACGGCUACCGCUCCAGCGACCCCUCCGGCUCCUCCUCACCGGUGCUGAGCCCCGAGCCUCCACCCGCAGGAGACGCCCCGGCCUGCUCCAUCGGCUCUCCUCCGCACAGCAACGGCUCCAGUAACGGAUCCAGCAACGGAUAUAGCAAUGGCUCCAACAACGGAUAUAGCAAUGGCUCCAACAACGGAUAUAGCAAUGGCUCCUCCAGCAACGGCAAUGGGUCGUUGAUGGCAUCGGUGGCCGAGCAGGGAGCCUCCUCCUGGUUGGUGUCCUCCCGCAGCCCCAGCCCCCCGUACCCCCACUCGCCCCCAUCCUCCUCCUCCAGCCCCAGGAGGUUCCUGGAGGCCAUGGAGUGGAGCACCGGCCUGGAGUCCUCUCCACCACCCAGGACUGCAGACCACCGGGGGGCCUCCUCCCCUACCACCUCCUCCACCCACGGCGGCGUGCCAUCCACGGAGAAGACCCCCGUGGACCCGCGGGCGUUCCUCAACGGGACGUACUCCUCCAACCCGUCGGCGCCGUGUCCCGCCAAGAAGAAGCUGCUGUCGUCCAGCGACACGGCCGACUCGUGCUCGGAGGACGAGGGCCCGUCGACGUCCAAGAGGAGCCGGCUGGCGCUGCUGGCCCCAGGACUGGGCCUGGCCUCCUGCCGCAGCACCGACGCCAAGGCCGCCCCCUUCUGGAACCACCUGCUGCCCUCCGCACGACAACACCACAAGGGCGCCACAGACUGUACAAGAGCUGGAAGAAGACUAAAAUCUGGGAUCAGGCUCAAAUCUCGCCAGCUGCGUAGUGGCCGGCGGACAGAGAGCUGCCACUCCACCAGAUCCGUCUGGCCCUCCGCUUCCAUCAGCCGAUCCCUCCUGGGCAACUUUGAAGAGUCCAUGCUAAAGGGCCGCUUCUCCCCGUCGGGUCGUAUCGAGGGCUUCACGGCGGAGAUCGGGGCCAGCGGCUCCUACUGUCCCCAGCAUGCCACCCUGCCUGUCCAGGUCACCUACUACGACAUCUCCGAGCACAGCGCACCCUCGCCUUUCCUAGGUGUCAUCUCCCUGGAUCAGCUGGGGAAGAAGGGAUACAGCGUCCCCAAGACAGGGACCAUCCAAGUGACCUUAUUCAACCCCAACAAAACUGUGGUCAAGAUGUUCCUGGUCACCUAUGACUUCGGGGACAUGCCUGCCAAUCACAUUACCUUCCUGCGACACCGCAUCUUCCUGGUUCCCGUGGAAACGGGAGAGGGCUCUGACAGGCCGGGCCCCGCCCACGACACAGCACAGUCACAGGCACAGGCCGACAGGAGGAAAAUUCUCUGCUACUUGAUACACCUCAGAUUCCAGAGUUCCAAAUCUGGGAAAAUCUACUUGCACAAUGAUAUCCGGCUGCUAUUCUCCCGUAAGUCCAUCGAGGUGGACACCGGGAUUCCUUAUGAGCUAAAAUCGUUCACCGAGGUGCCAAGAAACCCCAAGUACUCCCCGCGCGUCUGACGCUUGCCAGCACUGCCCGGUGCAGGGGGCGGCAAACCCCACACACACUGAGAGAAAAAAACUCCUCGAGAAGACUACAAGGACUCAUGGAGGACUAAUGCUCACUUGAAAGACUGAAUCUUCACAAGAACAUACAGUACACAUAUGCACAACCAUACAGUGCAUACACAUACAGGGACAUGCACAUCACAUAGUGUCCGCACACACAUGCGCACACACACACACACACACACACACACACACACACACACACACACACACCAAUAAAUACAGAGGCAAACACACACAGACAUAAAUGUUGCACAUGCUUAUGCACACAGACACACACACACACAUACACGCACACACACACAGAACACACACAAAUGUGCAUAUCACACUCACUCAUGGAGAGACUCUUGAGUUCAGUGUUUGUGCAUGCCUUGUGACUUAACCGAGUUUUCCUUUAGUGCCGUGACUUCACACAGUAAACGUGUCUGCCCUUCAGUCUGUACCCCCUUCCCCCUCCCCAACCCCCCAAACCCCACUCUUAACGGACCAAUCACAGCUGCCGUUGCCACGGUGGGAUCCAAUCAGAUAUGUAGUGAAAUGCUCCAUUGACUCUUUCCCAUGCGCCUGUCUAUGGAGACAAAAAGAUAAAAAAAAGAUGCUCCACUGAAGUCAGACUGUGUGUGUGUGUGGGGAGAAGGGGUAGGAGGAGGAGGACGGUGUUGAGAAUGAAUAGACCUUUGAGCGAGCCAUGGACUCACUUUCUGCAUCCCCGGGUUGUUGUCCUCGGAAAGGAAAAACCAUCACGUGGGGCACAUGAGGCACAAGCCAUGCUACUACUGCAUUCCAUGGCCGAAUGGCAACAGACAACAGACUCUGAAGGACCUUCAUCCAGACAUGGAGGCAUGAGUAACCUUGGAUAUGGGUGGGGGAGU